AUUCCUUACUUAAAUCGGUACAGCCAGCACGUACGUUCCUUCCCAUAUCAUUAAUUCCGGUCGCUCAGGUCACUCAUCCAUCGAUCCACUACUUCAAAACCAAAGGUCCAAAACCUCCUUAUCCUUCUACAAUCUACACCACCACACCCACCGCGAUGACGAGGAAAGUCAUGCCACCUCUCUCCGUCAUGCUCGCACUCCCUCUCCUCUUCUUAUUCUUAUCCUCCACCGGCACCCAUGCCCAUAAUAUCACCCGUAUACUCGCUAAGCAUCCCGACUUCUCCACCUUCAACCACUAUCUCACCCUCACCCACCUCGCCUCCGAGAUCAACCGCCGCCUCACCAUCACCGUCCUCGCCGUCGACAAUGCCGCCAUGUCAUCCCUCCUCUCCAAGCAUCUCUCUCUUUACACCAUUAGAAACGUCCUCUCCCUCCACGUCCUCGUCGAUUACUUCGGCUCCAAGAAGCUCCACCAGAUAACAAACGGUACUGCCUUGACUUCCACCAUGUUCCAAGCCACCGGCUCCGCCCCUGGAUCCUCAGGGUACGUCAAUAUCACCAACCUCAAAGCUGGAAAAGUUGGCUUUGGCGCUGAAGAUAAUGACGGCAAGCUUGAUGCUGUCUAUGUCAAGUCAGUUGAGGAGAUCCCGUACAAUAUCUCUGUCAUACAAAUCAGUCAGGUUCUAACUUCCCCCGAAGCCGAAGCACCGACGGCGGGGCCAAGCGACCUGAAUUUAACGGCUAUACUGUCGAAGCAAGGAUGCAAAACCUUCGCCGACUUGUUGAUAUCUUCGGGAGUCGGCUCGACAUUCAACGAGAACAUCGACGGAGGGCUGACGGUGUUUUGCCCGACCGACACCGUUCUCAGCGGAUUCAUGCCCAAGUACAAGAACCUAACGGCGCCUCAGAAGGUGUCGUUGCUGUUAUAUCACGGCAUUCCCGUGUAUCAGUCGCUGCAAAUGCUGAAGUCCAGUAACGGAGUUGUGAACACUCUGGCGACCGACGGAGCCAACAAGUACGACUUCACCGUACAAAACGACGGGGAGGAGGUGACGUUGAAGACGAAGGUCGUGACGGCGAAAAUAACGGGGACUGUAAAGGAUGAGGAGCCGUUGGUGGUUUAUAAGAUCAACAAGGUUCUGUUGCCUAAGGAGUUGUUUAAGGCUGCACCAACGCCAAAGCCGGCACCGGCGCCCAAGGCUGAGGCUGAGGCUGAGGCACCCAAGGGUGAUGAUGCCUCGGAUGCAGAUGCGCCAGAGGGUGAUGAUGUGGGAGAUCAGACGGCUGAUAAUAAUGGGGCUGCUGGAUUGGAUGGUGGGAAAUUGGUGAUGGUGUUUUUGAGUUCGUGUGUGGGAUUUUGGCUAGUGUGAUUGGUGGUUACGCAUAGUGGUGGUGUAACUUUUCAUCCCAUGAGUCAUGAGAGGUGACACCCUGGCGCCACAUAU